AUGAGCGAAAGCAAGCAAGAGUUCCUACGCUCGCGACCCACUGUGGACGUCACGGCCGUGGAUAUCUCGCCAAACCCGGCUGCGCUCACAGACGAGCUGAACCUGGAAGUGGAUUUCCACCUGGACGCGCCGGUCAUCAACGGCUUCUGGGACAUCGAGGUGGUAUCUGGUGGACUCUGUCACCAAGCGGCACAUUAUCAAUAUCCUUUUCACAUUUUCCUUAGCCUUACAGCCGUGUGAUGACCAAAUACCUCUAUCUCGAUGUUUUCUUAACCAAAUCUGAAUUUUUCGCUUGCUGUUCUGCACAACUCGGUCAAGUGGAGGCAACGAAUUACGCUCCCGGUGACAACCAUUUCCAGUUUUCGACCCCGCAAAUUAACAUUUCUGGAAUUCAGCCGAGCCAGUUGACCAACUGUGGCCUCCUGAUUGCGGCGUUCAAGGACGAUAGUGGAGAUAUUCUUGACCUCAAGAUGGUCAUUCAAGUGUCCGAGCAACGUGGAAAACUUCAAAGAAUCAUCUACAGUCCGCUGGAAUAAGGAUACUUAGUAGAAUUCCUGCCACCAGGUAAAAUCGGGAUAAAGCACAUAAGUUCUGCUUUCUGGUGGUAAAAUAUAUUGUCAAGUACUACAUACUUGAA